AUGCAAGUCCUCGCGUGGGUCGCUCUCUUGGCCAUUGGCGCCGACGCUGCGAAGCGGGCGCCGUCGAACCCGAUCUGGAAGGAGGUCCUCGCGCUGCCCGACAUCACCUCCAUCGAAACAACGCUCACGACCGACGGCACUUACCUCGAAGUUCGCUACGACGGCGCGAAAGAGACGCUCAAGUACGCUGGCCGCUUGGGCUAUGUACGACUCAAGCUCUAUCAUAGAACCAUCUCCCGCGUCACGAGCCUUUGCCUCACGGGCGUGUCGCUGCCCGACGGCCUCAAGAAAUUCUCGCUCAGCCGCGUGAACCUCAAGACGAUCCCGAAGGACUUCACGUGGCCGGCGUCGCUCACCCAUAUAGAUCUCUCGUCCAACAAGCUGACGUCGUAUCCUGCAACGACUCCGCUCCCCGACGGCCUCGGCUUCUUCAGUCUGAGCAACAACAAGAUCAAGUCGCUCAACGACUACUUUACAUGGCCCAGCAACCUCACCGAACUGAACCUCGCGUCCAACCAGUUCAGCACUGUCGUCAAGCUCCCGUCCACGCUCACAAAGCUUGACCUCUCGGGAAACCCACUCAAGACGAUCCAAGCCCAGCAGCAGUGGCCCGAAGCCCUCACCGAACUGGCACUCACCAACACGCAACUGUCAGUGCUGCCUGCAAACCUGCCGUCCAACCUGAACAUUAUACACCUCGCUUCCAACAAGAUCGCCAAGUUUCCUUCCAAGAACGACUUGCCCGACUCGAUCCACUACAUCGGCCUGACGCACAACAAGAUUGCGACACUGCCGUCCAAGAUCGAGUGGCCCAAUCUCUUCACACUAGAGCUCGACAGCAACGCGAUUACAUCCAUCCCGGACGACUUUAGCCUCCCGACGUCCGUGGGCAUCCUUGCGCUCGACGCAAACAAGCUUACCAAGCUUCCAGCCAGCUGCGACUGGAUGGCCAAGUUGUCCUCGAUCACGCUGCGGGACAACGCAAUCCUUGCGUUUCCGCCGACGUGCACGCUGCCGAACGCAAUUUCGCUUCAGAACAACAACAUUACGGCCCUCGAAGACAUGGCGCUUCCCCAGCAAAUGGACGUCUCCAACAACCCAAUCUCCAAGAUCAACCGCGUGACGUUCCCGGAAGGUGUCUUCUGGACGACAAGCAAGUUUGAGCUCAAGGAAUUUUCGCUUUCGUCUGCCAUGUUUGAUCUCCUCUCGGCUGCAACGGACCACACGUACUUUUACCCGCAGUUCACGACGGACGAUGCUAGCGUCAAGACGGCGUGUGGCUACGGCACGGUCAAGAAGCUCCACGACUUUCCCAUCUCGAUUUGUGUCGUCUAGAAAAUAAAGCCUCUGUCUGGUUGAAUUUCAUGCGG